GAUCGUUCAAGAUCCGGCAAGUGUGCUCCCCACUGCGUUUGUCAUUUUCAAGUCACGAUGGGGAUCGACCAUUGCUGCGCAAACACAGUUGUCGCCCGACCCUAUGACCUGGGCAACCAUACCUGCACCCGAGCCUCGUGACGUCUGCUGGCCCAAUCUGGCCGUUGAUCCAGUACGACAGAUGUCUAUCAGGAAAUUUGUUGUCACUGGCCUGGUUAUUGUGCUCAUCUUCUUCUACUUAGUACCAGUCACGUUUGUGCAGGGUCUUGCAGAGUUACGGAAUCUCCAGAAGUGGCUGCCUGUUGGAGGGAUCGUUAACAUACCAAUUGUCGGAUCCUUCAUAGCUGGGUUUCUGCCGGUAUUGAUACUCAGUAGUGCGAUCUACGUAUUGCCGGGGAUUCUGUACUACCUGUCGUACCUGGAAGGCUUUCAUUCCUACAGCAAAAUCGAGCGAGCGGCAUCUGGCAAGCUCAUCUUUUUCUAUGUCGUCAACACUUUCUUUGCAUCGGUAGUUUCGGGUUCGGUGCUGAGUGAGCUGGACAGGUUCCUUGACGCACCCAAACUAAUCCCGGAAAGACUUGCAGUUGCUAUUCCAGGCAAGAUUUCAAAUGUCUACAUGCCAACAUAUGAGAGUGGUGGCCAGUUCUGGCCACAGCUGCACAACAGAGUCAUCGCAGUGCUGAUAUUGAUGCAGAUUACAGUAAUGGGGGUUCUUGGCACGAAGCAAGCAGUCCGAGCGGCGCCCUCGAUGAUCCCGCUACCUUUCCUCACCCUUUACUUCAACAAAUUUUGCACCGACCGAUUUCUAUCCUGCUUUAAGAAGACCUCUCUGGAGAGCGCAACGGCAUGGGAUGUGAUGAACCAUGGCAAUCAUCUCGCUUCGAACGGUGACCUGGACCUGCAGUUCUGUGCAGAUGCAUAUCAGCAUCCAGCAAUGAAGCCCAUAAUGAGUUACGGCGAGCGUGAAAAUGAGGCAGAGCAGCCGCCCUCUCCUUCUCCCGUGAGUCGUGAGGACAACGACAACUAUUAUCCACCAAGAAAUGAGUGAUCAUUUUCGCAGAUUGAGUGUGAAGAGGGCCUCCCUCACCAUCUAUUCAUCCCUCUGUUUCGUUCCCAUCGCCCUCCUUCUGCCUCUCUUUCUGUCCUCUCCUCCCUCCCUCCCUCCCUCCCUCCCUCUUCCCCAUCCAGAUUGAUUACUGGGAAAGAGGUUGGCAAGUUGCUAGGGGGUGAUGAAGGUCAUCCCCCCUCUCUAUUCAUCCCUCAAUUUCGAGUCCUCCUCCUUCCUCUUGCCUCCUUUUCCAUGCUCUCUUGUCUCCCCCUCCCUCCCUCCCUCCUCUCGCCCAAGCCAGAUUGAUUACUGGGGCAGAAGUCGGCAAGGCGCGGAAUCUUUAUACCAAGUUCGCAAGCUGCAAGGCGCGGAACAAAACGGCUGCAUAAGU